UGAGUAAUUAUAUUCAAAGUUUUGAUCAGGAAGAUUUUUGCGAGAAAGCUAGAGUACAUCAUUCAAGUCAAUUUUGGCGCUGAAAAUGUGGAUAAAUCUUCUGUUAUUGCAAUCAAGAGGAUUCCUCCCCCACUUUUUACCAAAAAAUAUAUGCAGCUAUAGAAAAAAAUUUACGUAGUUGAAUGCUCACGGGGCCACUGCGUUUCUUUUUUGGUCGUCAACUUACAAACGUACGGAAAAGGCUCUUUGAACUUUUUGCGAGUUGUUCAGAGCAGCUUCACCCUUGCAAUGUUUAUAUAGAAAAUAAUGCAGCACUUGUCAUCAGAACUGCUUGCUGUAAAAAUAAGUCUUGAUUUUCUUCUAAUGUUGAAGGUCGCGCUCAGGCAAGCAACUCCAACGAGAUUUCCAAGACGAAAUGGUAAUACAAUUUUUGUCUAUUGCUUAACACUGAUUCUCAUGAAGAAUAUUUUAGCAGUACUAUAGCGUGUCAAAUAUUCCACAAUUUGUCGAUAUUGAACAAUUAGAAAAGAUUUUGAAAAAAUAUUUCAAUCAUCAAGUCGAAAUCGAAGCUGGUACGAAUAUAUUAGAUGAUCCAAGCGGAGUUGCGUAUUUGAGACUCACAGAAAUUCCGUAUCUAUUACAUAUUUUAGAAAAGACAUUGAAAACGGUCCGUCCACUCAAAUUUGAAAAAAUAUUAGCUCAAGGCGAUAAAGAAUUAACAAAAUUUACGUAA